AUGGAAACUGAAAACGUGGAAGCCCCCCCUGAGGCUGUGGAGAACGACAACACGGAGUUACAAUAUGAAGGGGAAGAAGGAAUCUCAUUGAUGCAAGAAGCAGAGAUCGUCCUCAUAACGACGUCUCUGGGGGGAAUAAAAUCGUCCUUCUUUUCUUCCCUAAGGGCACAGAACUUACUGAAUUGUAAAAAGUACCUUUACGUUGUUGUAGACUCCAAUAGGGACACCAGCACGGCAAAAAACUUGAAAGACGAGGAGCUUUUCAACAAGUGGAAGGAAGACGAAUUUCUGCAGUCAAACGAAAACGGAGUUGUGUUGCCUCAAAUUUUAAUCGAUGGGGUGUCAAUAGGAAACGACAUAGCAUUGCAAAAUUUGGAAGACGAAGGAAAUUUAGACUUCAUCGUGUCCAGGUUAAAAUGCCCAAACUGCUUACAGGAAAAAUCCAACACAGAUGUGCAGUGCCCUCAUUGUAAGUUUGACUAUGUCAGUUUAAUUUCAGACGAGCUGAUUAGAGACAACGCGGUCGUAAGGAUGCUACAGGGGGAGUUAUAUAAUGAGGAGGAAACGGCAGAAUGA